CUCUGGUCUCCAGCGGUGGGCGGAGGCGGCCAUGGCUGGGCCGCGGGUGUGGCUGGUGGUCACCGCGGACGACUUCGGUUACUGCCCACGACGUGAUGAAGGCAUCGUGGAGGCCUUCCUGGCCGGGACCGUGACCAGCGUGUCCCUGCUGGUAAACGGCGCGGCAGCUGAGAGCGCGGCAGAGCUGGCCCGCAGGCACAGCAUCCCCACGGGCCUCCACGCCAACCUGUCCGAGGGCCGCCCAGUGGGCCCGGCCCGCCACAGCACCUCGUCGCUGCUCAGCCCGGAAGGCUUCUUCCUCGGCAAGAUGGGAUUCCGAGAGGCGGUGGCGGCUGGAGACGUGGCUUUGCCCCAGGUGCGGGAGGAGCUAGAGGCCCAACUAAGCCGCUUCUGGGAGUUGCUGGGUAGGGCCCCCACGCACGUGGACGGGCAUCAGCACGUGCAUGUGCUCCCAGGCGUGUGCCAGGUGUUCGCCGAGGUGCUGCAGGCCUACGGGGUGCAAUUCACGCGGCUGCCGCUGGAACGCGGUGUGGGCAGCUGCGCAUGGCUGGAGGCCCCGGCGCGCGCCUUCGCCUGCGCCGUGGAGCGCGACUCCAGGGCCGCCGUGGGUUCCUUCUUGCGCCACGGCCUGCGGUGGACAGAUGCCUUCGUGGGCCUGAGCACUUGUGGCCGCCACAUGUCUGCUCACCGCGUGUGCGGGGCACUGGCGCGAGCCCUAGAAGGUAUCCCAGCGGGCCACGCCCUGACAGUCGAGCUGAUGGCGCACCCUGGCUACCCCAGUGUGCCUCCGGCCGGGGGCUGCGGUGAGGGCCCGGAUGCUUUCUCCUGCUCUUGGGAACGGCUGCAUGAGCUGCAUAUCCUCACUGCGCCCACGCUGCGGGCCCGGCUUGCCCAGGACGGGGUGCAGCUCUGUGCCUGGGACGACCUGGACUCCAAAAGACCCGGGGAGGGGAGGGGGUCCCCUGUGAGGUCACUCUGGAACCCUUCCUAGAGCCCUCCCCAUCCUGACCCCUACAGACAACCAAGCACUAAUGCCCCUUAGUGCCAAGAAAGGGGGCCAGGAUCAAGCCCUGGCACAACCCAGAACCAGGCCCUGCAGCAGGCUCUGUGACGUGCCUGGGUGAGAUGCUGCCACCUUUGUGCCCAGGUCCUCAUGGCUCAGAGUGGCAUCAGUGUGGCUGCAGGCAGACUCAGCCUGUGACACUGUGCCUAGGGCCUACAGAGCAUUUGGUGCCCCUUCACGUUGCAGUGUAAACAUCAUUGUUUAGGGGCAGUGGGGAAGAAAUGGCUAUAUUAAUAAAAUAAGUAUGUCUUUCAAA